AUGGCACCCCUCAAAGCAGGCGAUUCCUUUCCCAGCGACGUCGCGUUCCAGUACAUCCCCUGGUCCGAAGACAAGGGCGAGGCCACUGCGUGCGGCAUCCCGAUCAAAUACGACGCCUCCAAGGAGUGGGCGGACAAGAAGGUCGUUUUGUUUUCGGUCCCUGGCGCAUUCACCCCCACCUGCUCUGUCAACCACCUCCCCGGCUACAUCCAGAACCUCCCCGAGCUGAAGAAGAAGGGCGUGCAGAUUGUUGCGGUCGUUGCGUCCAAUGACCCCUUCGUGAUGAGUGCUUGGGGGAAGGUAAACAAAGUUACUGGUGAUGAUAUUUUGUUCCUCUCGGACCCCGACGCGAAAUUCUCCGAGUCGAUUGGUUGGGCGAAUGGUGGAAGGACUGGGCGGUAUGCGGUUAUCAUCGAUCAUGGCAAGAUUACGUAUGCGGAUAUCGAGACGAAGAAGGGUGCUGUUGAGGUUUCUGGUGCGGAGCAGGUGCUAGCUCACCUUUGA